AUGAAUUCAGUGGAACGUUUAGUUUAUUACAUUGAUAAAUUGGAAAUAGAAGCUGAGAGUAUAAUACCGGAUAACAGACCACCACCUGAAUGGCCAUCACACGGAGAGAUUCAUAUUAAAAAUUUAGAAAUUAAAUAUGGACUUGAUAGUCCUCUAAUUUUAAAAGGCAUCUCACUUGAUAUUAUGGCUGCUGAAAAGAUUGGAAUUGUUGGUCGAACUG